AUGUCAACAACGAUUCAACAGCAAGUAACUCAGCGACAUGGCACUGUUGAAGAAAUUCUUCAGGACUACCGCCUCUCUCUGACGGGGCAAGGGGAAACAAGCGACUCCAGUCCGCCUGCGCAAUGGGCGGAUUCUCCAGACAACUGGCCCACUCAGUAUAGGCGCAUUCCACCUUACAGGCCGAUCAACAGGAACCUGGAUCUUACUGAACGACCCAACGGCUCCAGUCGUGGAGAGCUGGUCUUUGUGACCGUCAUGUUGAAUGGUGUUCGACUACAAUCAGGGCUGGUUCGAGCUUGGGAAUUCACCGGGGGGCGUUGGUACCCAGGGUUGACUCGCUAUCGCAUUGGAGGCGAAUGGUGA